AUGCCUGAGCAAAAUGAGGACUGCGGCAUCGCUGAGACGAAUGCUUCCUCCAAUGGAGCGGAGCGCGUUUCGCGAUCGAGUUCUGAAGCCCUACCCGAGGAGCAGCGAGUAUUCGAGCAUAUCCCACCUGAAGAUCGCGAAGAGCUUUCCCGAAUUGCUUCCAACUUUCCUCGACAUCGAGCUACCGAUUCCGGAGUUGGGAGUAUGGGCGGAAUUGAGCGCAAGGACACACUGGAAGAUGUUGAACUAGGUGAUCCUGUCCUUGACCCAACCAGCGACCAAUUCGACCACUACAAAUGGGCCCGCAUGGUGCUUAAAAUGAUGGACAAGCAAGGAGUAUCUUUGCGCAAGUCCACAGGAGUCGUCUUUCAAAACCUCAACAUCUCCGGCUCCGGUGCUGCUCUCCAGUAUCAGAAUAACGUGGGCUCUGUCCCCCUAGCCCCGUUCCGACCCCAGGAAUACAUCUCCUUGGGGAAAUGUGUUCCUCAGAAGCAAAUCCUGCGAAACUUCGAUGGUGUUCUUCAAAGCGGCGAGCUUCUGAUCCGGAUGCUCGACCUUUCUCAAAUCUUUGUCCGGGAAUUGCACGGAUUAAAAGUUGGAGAAAGCUCCGACGUUCAGUACAAUGGUAUUCCGAUGGAGACGAUGCAUAAGGAAUUCAAAGGUGAAGUUCUUUACAACCAAGAGGUCGAUCGCCAUUUUCCUCAUCUCACUGUCGGACAAACUCUCGAAUUUGCUGCCGCUGCCAGGACACCUGAGAAUCGGCUUCAAGGAAUCAGCCGGGCAGCCUAUGCCAAGCAUAUUACUCAGUUGGCGAUGAUUACAUUCGAGGUGUUUCAGGAGGCGAACGAAAGAGAGUCAGUGGCAGGAGCUCCUGUUGGUGCGUGGGAUAAUAGUACACGAGGGUUGGAUUCAGCCAGCGCAUUGGAAUUCGCCAAAGCUCUACGAGUCUCUGCCAAUCUCACCGGCAGUAGCCACGCUGUUGCCAUUUACCAGGCAUCCCAAGCGAUCUAUGAUGUUUUCAACAAGGUCAUUGUGCUUUAUGAAGGUCGAGAGAUCUUUUUCGGCCCAUGCAACAAGGCCAAAGAAUACUUCAUCGAGAUGGGAUGGGACUGCCCGUCUCGUCAAACGGUCGGAGACUUUUUGACAUCGGUGACAAAUCCACAGGAACGAAAAGCUCGUGAAGGGAUGGACAAUCAAGUUCCACGCACCCCAACGAUUUCGAACAAUAUUGGAAGAAAACUCAAGAAAGAGAUUCUAGAGUAUUGUGAGGAGUAUCCUGUUGGCGGGGAAGCCGAAAAGGACUUUGAUGCCACAAAAAGAUUACGCCAGGCAAAGCAUGUUCGACCAAAAAGCCCAUAUGUCAUUUCUAUACCCAUGCAGGUCAAACUCUGUGUGAAACGAGCUUAUCAGCGCAUCUGGAAUGAUAAGCCGUCUACGUUGACAACCGUCAUUGGGCGUAUCUUCAUGUCUCUCAUUAUCGGUUCAAUUUACUUCGGAACCCCAAAUGCAUCUGCAGGAUUUCAAAGCAAAGGAGCUGCGCUUUUCUUCGCCGUCCUCAUGAACGCCUUGAUCAGUAUCACAGAGAUCAACUCACUCUAUGAUCAACGCCCUAUCAUAGAAAAGCAAGCAUCGUAUGCUUUUGUUCAUCCUUUCACUGAGGCUCUCGGCGGAAUUGUCGCAGACAUGCCCGUCAAGUUUGUGUCUGCCAUUGUGUUCAACAUCAUCUUUUAUUUCCUGGCCAGCUUGCGAUAUGAGCCCUCCCAGUUCUUCAUCUUCUUUUUGUUCACCUUCCUCAGUACCCUUGCGAUGUCCGGUAUUUUCCGCACCCUCGCUGCCUCAACAAAAACCCUGGCCCAAGCAAUGUCUAUGGCAGGUGUCAUCGUUCUCGCAAUCGUGAUAUACACAGGCUUUGUUAUCACUGCACCCGAGAUGGCGAAAGUUCCUUGGUUUAGCUGGAUUCGUUGGAUAAAUCCGGUCUUUUACACCUUUGAAGCCCUGGUGGCAAAUGAAUUUCACGGUCUUCAUCCCUGGAUAUCCGAGUUUACCCGGGACUCUUUCAUCUGUGCUGUUCGUGGUGCUGUUGCUGGAGAAAGAACCGUCUCCGGAGAUGCAUAUAUUCAAACCCAGUAUUCCUACUCAUACGCGCAUGAGUGGAGAAAUCUCGGUAUUCUUAUCGGUUUUUGGAUAUUCUUUAUUUCAUUGUAUCUUAUCGCCUCCGAACUUAAUUCCUCGACAUCUUCGACCGCCGAAUUCCUUGUGUUCCGUCGUGGCCAUGUACCGGCUCAUCUACGCAAUUUGGAACAGGGCCAGGGUGAUACCGGUGCAGGGGAAGCAGCUCCAAAACCCAAAGAGAAAGAGAGAGAUACUUCUGUUAUUCCGUCACAGCAUGACAUAUUCACGUGGAGAAACGUAUGCUAUGAUAUACCAGUGAAAGGUGGUGAACGCCGACUUCUUGAUCAUGUCUCGGGCUGGGUAAAGCCAGGGACACUCACAGCAUUGAUGGGAGUUUCGGGUGCUGGAAAGACCACACUUCUUGACGUUCUAGCUAAGCGUGUUUCCAUUGGAGUUGUUACUGGCGAUAUGCUUGUGAACGGUAAACCUCUGGACUCCAGUUUCCAGAGAAAGACAGGCUACGUUCAGCAACAAGACCUCCAUCUACCCACCACAACAGUAAGAGAGGCUUUGAGGUUUAGCGCAGUUCUCCGCCAGCCCAAGACAGUAUCAAAGAAAGAAAAGUAUCACUAUGUCGAGGAUGUUAUUGAGAUGCUGGGCAUGCAGGACUUUUCUGAUGCGGUCGUGGGUACUCCUGGAGAGGGAUUGAACGUGGAACAGAGGAAACUCCUCACUAUCGGUGUUGAAUUGGCUGCGAAGCCUGCGCUGCUGAUAUUUUUGGAUGAACCCACCAGUGGCCUUGAUUCUCAAAGUUCUUGGGCAAUCUGCUCCUUCCUGCGAAAGCUUGCAGAGCACGGUCAAGCUGUCCUCUCAACGAUCCACCAGCCUAGCGCUCUUCUAUUCCAACAAUUCGACCGACUGCUAUUUCUGGCAAAGGGAGGAAGGACCGUUUAUUUUGGCGAAAUUGGUGACCAAUCUCGAACUCUCUUAGACUACUUUGAGAGCAACGGGGCACGAGCUUGUGACUCGUCAGAGAAUCCUGCUGAAUACAUGCUUGAAAUUAUUGGUGCUGGUGCUUCAGGAAAGGCCACCAAGGAUUGGGCUCUGACUUGGAAUGAAAGCCAGCAAGCCAAGGGAAUCCAAACUGAGAUAGAUCGCAUUCAUGAUGAGCGUGCAUCUGCCGCGGGAAGCACAUCAGAGGGGUCCCAGGUUGGUGAGUAUGCGAUGCCAUUCACAUCCCAACUCUGGUAUGUGACGCACCGGUCGUUCCAGGGAUUCUGGCGCGAGCCAUCCUAUGUAUGGGCGAAAAUUAUGCUGGCCACUAUGUCCUCACUCUUCAUUGGGUUUACCUUCUUCAAGCCGGAUAGCUCGCUACAGGGCUUUCAAGAUGUGCUUUUCAGCGCAUUCAUGCUGACUUCGAUAUUUUCAACAUUGGUUCAACAAAUCAUGCCCAAAUUCGUUGUCCAGCGAUCACUCUACGAAGUCCGUGAAAGGCCUUCAAAAGCAUAUUCUUGGGCCGCCUUUCUCAUCGCCAAUGUAGUUGUCGAGAUUCCAUACCAGAUUUUCAUUGGUAUAAUUGCCUGGGCCUGCUACUACUUUCCCAUCUAUGGAGCAAACCAAGCCCCACAUCGACAAGGUCUCAUGCUCCUCUUUGUGGUACAAUUUUACAUGUUCACCUCGACUUUUGCUUCAUUCGUGAUCUCAGCACUACCAGACGCCGAGACGGGUGGAACAAUUGCCACACUUUUGUUCAUCAUGACCCUCACAUUCAACGGUGUCAUGCAACCACCAAGCGCGCUACCUGGUUUCUGGAUUUUCAUGUACCGAGUUUCCCCUCUAACCUAUCUAAUCGCGGGUCUCACUUCGACUGGUUUGCACGGCCGACAGAUCCAUUGCUCUGAUGCUGAGCUGAGCUACGUCACUGCUGCCGGCGGGCAGCUUUACAAUCCGGAAGCCACGACUAGUUGUCAGUAUUGUCAGCUAUCAAAUGCCGAUCAGUAUUUGGCAGCUAGCAAUAUUUUCUACAGCGAACGCUGGCGCAAUUUCGGAAUCGGCUGGGCUUACAUCGGCUUCAAUAUCUUUGGUACCGUCAUGAUGUACUAUAUGUUUCGCGUCAAGCACUACAAUCCCACAUCUUUGGUUCGUGGAGUUCGACAGGGUGCUUCCUUCCUGUGCCGUGUGUUUAAGCGGCGCUCUGGAGAGACACCUAAAGGGAAGGAAGCAGACAACGGCCGACUUGUUUAG